AUGCUCACCACUAUACCACCAACGCUGCACAGCCCGGGCCGCCCCCGGACGCCGGCCCAGGCUCCGCACCAGCGCCUCCUCGCCCUCUCGCCACCGCCUCCGCCGCCUGCCGCAGCCCUGCCCCGACGUGCCGGCCGGCCGCAGCUCUGCGCCGUCGCGGGCGCCACCAGCGGCCGCCCGGCGCCCCACCCGCGCCACCCCCACGCAGCCCUGGCUGCUCCGCAGGCACGACCGCCCGCCGCCUCCGCCGCCCGCCUCUGGGGGCGCUCUCGCCGCCCCGGCUCCCGGGCCCUCGGCUGCCCUCGGCCCGGCCCCCACGGCCACCUCCACGGGCAGCCCGGCAGCCGGGCAGCUGUCCGUCGCGUGAGCGAGGAGCCCGUGGCGGCCAGCCCUCCCGUCAGGAGGUCCCGGCUGGGCUGGGCCGAGCCCGCACGCGCCAGGGCGCCAGGGCGCAGGGCCGACGAGGAAGGGCAGGGGGUGCGGGGGGUCGGGUCGACGGCGGGCAGGACGGGCCCCCGCGUCGCCCCGCGCCUCUGGCCGCACGGGGCCGGGCGGAGGCACGAGGGAGGAGGAGGAGACAAGGAGGAAAGGAGGAGAAGGAGGGCCCUGGGGGCCGGCGUACGUUUGGGCAGCGCGGCGGCGGCGCCCGCGACCAAAAGAGCGUGUCUCGCCUCCCCGUCGGGGAAUCGAACCCCGGUCUCCCGCGUGACAGGCGGGGAUACUCACCACUAUACUAACGAGGACGGCGGCGGCGGCCGCCCGGGCGCCCGACCCCUCUCCGCCCGCGCCCGCCACGUGCCCCGGGCCACGGCCCACCCGGCCCACCCCCCGCCGCCGCGUCAGCGCGCACAGCAGUCCCCCGGCCCGACUCGGAGCGUCGCGCCCCCGGACCCGCCGCCGCCCCCGCCCAGCCGCGCGGGGAUGGCGGCGGGAGAAGACGCCCGACACGGCAAGCAGGGCUGCGCGAGCGAGCCGGAGGCCCCGCGCCGGGGAUGGGCCGCGGCGGGCGGCGGGCGGCGGGGCGGCGGGGGCCGGACGCCGGCAGCAGGGUGCGCGCCCCGGAAGGGGGAGGGGGCGGCGGCGAGGACCGCGGCGAGGGCGGCGGCGCCAGCAGAGUCAGUCGGCGGGCCGUUGGCCUCGUCGACCGGGACGCGAGUCCCGUCCGUCCGUCCGUCCGUCCGUCCGUCGCGCACCCACGGCCGCCAGCCAGCUCCGGGGUCGGCGCCGGGUCCCAGCCAGGCGAGCGGCGGCGCGCCCAGGCCCGCCGUCAGGAUGGCCGAGCGGUCUAAGGCGCUGCGUUCAGGUCGCAGUCCCCUGGAGGCGUGGGUUCGAAUCCCACUCCUGACACGCCCACCUUUUGGCCCGCCCAACGCGGGCUCUCCGCACCCGGGCCUGGACGACGCCCUGUCUGUCCCGCCUUACACGCCGCUGCGGGCUGCGCGGGCUGCGGGCUGCGGGCUGGCGGCGCCCUGGCACACGUGGCCCGGGACCCACGCAGCUGCAGCGCCUCGGCCCUCCCGGCCACAGGCUUGGCCCCCCCCUACACCUCCCCCGCCCGCCCGCCGGGAGCGCGGGGUCCCCACGGCCUGUCCUUUCCGCCGGCCCCCAUUCAUUCCGUGGUCUCCACCCCCUCCGUCCCCGGGGCGCCCACGAGGCGUGGCCACCCGGAGGCCUCACCACGGCCACACGCCCGCCAGGCGGGCAGCCGAGCCCUCCGCGCGCCAGCCAGAGACGGGACCCCCGCCCCGUUCGCUGGGCCUGGCCCGGGGGGGCGGGGUGGGGUCCACCCCGCCGUGGUGGCUCCGGGGAGCCCUGAGCGCAAGGCAGCCCUGCCUCCCCGGGCCCCCUCCGCGCCGGAAGCCGCUGCGGGGCCGGGGCUCCAGGACGCCAGCGCGCUCCCUCACCGCGCCGCCCGCCAGCCAGCCAGCCGGCGGCCGCUCCGCCCAAGCGCACCUGCCGGCCUCACCCCCACCGCAGCCCAGCCGGCCCCGACGGAGAGCUGCGGGCAGAGCUCACACGCCUUUCUUUGGCCUCUUGGCUUGGGCGCUACUCGGCGGCCCCCAUCUCCGACGACGACACCGACGCCGACACGCACACACGCGCACCCACCUCCCCCCCCCCCCCCCCCGCGGCACCCCGGGAGCGCACACAAUCCGAGCCCCGGGCCCCAGCCGGCCCCCCCGGCGCGCACUGCACGGGCCGGAGAGCCAUCCGCCCAUGGGCCUUCGGGGGGGCGCCGGGAGGGAAGGGAAGGUCCGCGCUGAGCUGCGCCGGCCACAGACGCCCCGCGCUGCCUGGGAAUCGGGCGCGGGUCAGGCUUGGCCAGGCUGCUCCUCCCGGCAGGACAGUGUCUGGCGGCGGCCCCGCCCCAGGGAGAGGGCGCAGGGUGAGCCGAGUCCGCCUCGGGGCCUCGCUGGGACCGUGGGCGCCGCGCGCCGGCCCGAGCCCGAGCCCGAGCCCGAGCCCGAGCCCUCGGCGCAUCUGCACGGGCGCGGAGCCUGUCUUGCAGACCGCGGGCCCGCCGCCCGCCCCCGCGCAGCGGGUGCUCACCACUGGCCGUGCCGGGACGACGACGAGCGCCGCUGGGGAAGCCGUCUGGUGGCCGCCGCCACCGCCCUGGCCGCCACGCUCCACCCGGCUGCCCGCCCCCUGCCGCCCGACGUGGCCCAGCCCCGGGAUGCUCUCUAUGGCCACCUGGCCGCGGUCUCCUUCAAACACGGGCCACUCCCCACUGCUAAAGUCACCGCGAGCACCAGGUCCAUGCAGCCUAGCCAGCACCGGCGCCAGCACACCCAGCCUCGAGGGACAGCGCCACCGCCACGGCUGUCACCAGCACGUCGGGUCCACGAACGGCGGCGCACCAGCAUGGGCAUCACGGCCAAGGGCACGGAGGUCACCUCCCCCCCUCGCCCGGCCUCCACGACCCCCGCACUUGGUCCACCACCAACCCCCAGGACCACCAUCCCCACACCAGCACCAGCACCAGCACCAGCACCAGGACUACCACCACCAUGCCAGAAGCAGUUGUACCAGCAGCAGCAGCAGCAGCAGCAGCAGCAGCAGCAGCGGGACGUGCCCACCGCCAGCAGGCCAGCGUAG